ACCAUUUACCACAAACGAUAAAAAUAGUUUGCAUUUUUUUUUUCUUCUUUUUCCUUUGGUUUUGGUAUUUGGUUGCUGAAAUUCAAAUCACAUGCACAAAGCAUAUGAUUAUCACUUCACUCUCUUAGAUCUGUAGAUCACACAACAACACUCUUGUCCUACACAAAAUUGAACUCGCGACGCGGCCUGCGCAAUGGUAUUUGAUGUGAAGACCCAAUAUAUCACACUCCGUCAGUCAUACAGCUGAGUCGUGUACUUAGUUUUUUUUUAACGAAAAUAGAUCAACAAAAGAAGUCCUAAAUAGAUAGUUAUGAUAUUGUUGAUAUUGUUACGAUAUCGCGAUAGAGUCACAAACGCAGUGUGCCUACACAUUUUGUAAUUAUUAUGUUUUAAUUGUCAGAACUACACUUUUUCCCCACAUUUCGUGCAUCCACGCAUCGACAAUCGGAAAAAGAAGUCUGGGCCUAAUUGGAUAAGAAGAACCGCAUGUCGUAGCGCAACUCGAGAGAGACCUGUGUCAUCCGUCUUGGCUUUCUCUCUUCAACUCUCUUGAAACUUCAAUCUAUCAAAAUCCACUGCGUCUGCUUACGGCUUUAUAUACAUCAACUUAAUAUACAUAACGCUCGCCGUUGUAACUUUUCAGUGAUGUUCUGCGUUGUAAAAUAUAAAUCUCUUAGUCUUUAGGUUCAUAUAACGUAAGCGUAUGCACCGUGCACCUUUAUUCUCCCUUAAAAAGAAAUAAGUAGAGGAAAUUAAUGAACAACAAAUUUGUCUUCAUCAUCUUAAGAGAUUCCCACUCUGAUUCUUGGUAAAUUGGUCGAAGCUUCAUACGAAGACGCUACACCAUACCUGCGUAUUUCUCUCUUACGAAAGCUUUGCGGGUCAAGCAGGUCACUAGUAGUCCGAAGUGUCUUCUAAUUAAGAUUUUAUCACCCGGCAUAAUUAUUAGUCGAAAGAAUGAUUCCAAGAAAAGUAUCUCUAAGUUUAAUUGCUGCGUACAAUUACAAAUUUAGGUAGUUACGAGUGUACUGCGUAUGUUGGAGCCGCCUAUUAGGAGGGACAUUAAACACAUCAUUACGGCACUUACUUAAAACAUAACAGUGAGACGUGGAUAUUAUAUGACCGUGACUUAGUGUAGAAAAUGAGCCCACUAUACCAUAAACUACAUACAACAGUUACAAUAUUGCCUUCAUUAGGUAUCUACAUAUAUUUAACAAACCGCCAAGUCACUACCAAGAGUUUGCAGAAAAGCUACGUACCCUUCAUCUUAUUCCUGAGUUUUAUUGAUUACACUAACUUAGUUAAGAAUCCAAGGUAUUUACCUACAAACCUAAGAGUGCCUAAGACCUACACUAUAAGCUUUUGCUACAAUGUUUUAGGUCUAUGAAAGUAAGAAGAUCAAACUUAAUUUAUGAUUGUUUACUGACUGGGACGUAUCUAUAAAAUAAGUCGUUUUAAAAUCAUACCUUCUAAGUUGGGUAAGUAAAUAAGUAGGUAGGUAUGUAUGUACCUACUUAUCUAUCUUUCACCGGUUUGUGUGAUAAAAUAUUCAUGCAUUUAAUAACAUCGCAUAAGUUUAUAUGACAGAGUAACAUCUAAAUCUAUAUGACUAAUAUCUCUAACUGUAAACAUACUCUUUGCGUCCCGCGCAUUUGCACGAAUUACCAUAACAAGUUAUAAAUAAAACUGAAAAGCUUGUUUUUUGUAUUCAAAAAUUAUUUAUUUAGACAUGAAAUAAAAUUUACUCAGUCGGUAACCAAAUAUUUUUGUUGAAAGUCAAAUAUACGAGUCUGUUGGCGAACGUGAAGAUUAAAAGUAUGGAAUAACGCAUGCCAUUAAAGUGGUACCAUGGUACUUGGUCAACGGUAACACACAUAGGAGCAUGCGUGUUGGACUCAGCCGUCAGUGCGGAGGACUCGCGCGCAGACAUUGGUCCGCUCUCCCUGACAGUGCCGGACAAUUUCCCGCGCUUUUUGACGAAAUAUACACAGUGGGAUUUUUUUUACAUUCGAGGAUAUCAAUUGCAAAUAUGUGUGAAUGGCUGUCCUACGGGGAGUGGUGCGACGUGAAACUAUUGUGCGGCGGGCGAGCGUUCAGCGCGCAUCGUGCUGUGCUUGCAAGUGUUAGCAAUUUUCUCAGACGUAUCCUUCUAUCUUGUCCUUUAGAUGAAUCUCCGACAUUUAUCGUUUUACCAGAUUUUGAUCUCGAUGCGAUGUCUUCAGUUCUAUAUUAUAUUUAUAAUGGCGAAGUCGUUGUUAAAAAAGAUAAAAUAGAAAUGUUCCUAGAUAUUAUCAAUGCAAUGCAAAUAUUUAUUGAUAGUCAAUACUUGUCAAAAAUCGCAGACAAAGUGGAUUCUCAUGUUUUUGAAAAUAGUAUUCAUACUGAUUUGUCAAAAGAAAGAAUUUUUACUUUGGGACUCGCAGAUUCUGAUGAUCAACAGUACGUUAAUUUAAAGAAAGGAAAAAUAUUCCAGGAUGUUAGUCACCAGUAUUCAAAAGUUAACAAGUCAGAUUGUGACGAUAAGUUAGUACGUACGCAGAAUCCAAGUGGAGAGAAUAAGACGUCUUUAGGACAUCUGAAAUCGCCAUAUGAAGACCGACAAAGGAACUCUUUUCUACGUGAUUUAUAUAUCGAGACAUAUCCUCGAAACGGUAAUGUUAACGGUCUGACGGCAGGCGUGCUAGCAAUAUCAAAUGAAUGCUAUCGAGCUCCGGCAUCUGUGCUCUUGACGAAUGCAAAUGGCAAACAUCUCAACGACGACGAUAUACUCUUGAAACCGCAUAAAAAAGCAAACGAGCACAUCAGUCAUUCCCCAACAGUAUUUCACCUUCGAGAACAGCAAAGAUGUACUCGAGAUGAACCAGAUAACUGUAAUAUGUCUAAAACUUUGUACGACCCUCCAAGUUUAAGUGUUUGUUCUGUUAAAGAAAGUAAUAACAAACGCAUAUACGGCACCGUUAAUAAAAAUGAGAGUGAUACACGGAACGUGUGGGUGGACCACUCGCCUAUGACAACCAAUCCAUUAUUUCAGUUUGGAUUGCAGGAACGAAUACUGUCUGGUCUUUGUGUUCCAUCUUUGGAUUUUACGUUUCCGUCAAUGUUGGAUUCCAUGAAACCGCUGCAAGCUUUUAAUAAUAAAUCGGUGUACGCUUGUACUAAUAGCGGGACUAGGAAGGAAAUUGAUACGAAUUCGUCAACGAAAGUUACCAUAUUAAAUCAUGUAUUGGAGAGUCCAUGGAGCCCUCGGAUGCCAAAUAACUACAAACCCUUUCGUCGAAAAUCAGAGCAUUCCAAGCAAUCACAAAUACGUAAACAAAAUGAAAAUGAGACACGUUUAAGUAACGACAACAACAACAAUUUUAAAAUAUCGAGUUUAUUAAAUAAAAAUAGCGUUACUGAAGAAGAGCCAGUCGGUGAUACGAAAGAAUUGUUGACAGCACCAUUGUUAUUAAAUAGAACAGAUGACUUCAAGUGCACACUUUGUAAUCAGGUUUUUACGAGUAGCGAGUACCUAGCGGUACACAUGCGGCGGCACUCGGCGACCGCACGGUACACUUGCGGCGAGUGCGGCAAGACGUUCUCACAGCUGCGGAACUUUAAGUACCACAUGUCCAUACACCGCGGCACCCGAGAGUUUGCAGCCACUUGCACCGUGUGUGGAAAAUAUUUCAACGAUAGAGGAUACCUCAGUAGCCAUAUGAAGAUACAUAGGAACCGCAAAGAGUACAAAUGCACACUUUGUCCAAAGUCAUUCAAUCAACGUGUCGCUUACAACAUGCAUGUUAGGAUACAUACAGGUGUGAAGCCCCACGUAUGCUCGGAGUGCGGCAAGGCGUUCUCCCGCAAGAUGUUGCUGAAGCAGCACCAGCGCACGCACUCGGGCGAGCGGCCCUACGCCUGCCCGCACUGCGACAAGCGCUUCGCAGAUCGUUCCAACAUGACUCUCCAUUUGAGACUACAUACAGGUGUAAAGCCAUUCUCCUGCACUCUAUGCCCGAAGUCGUUUACUAAGAAGCAUCACCUCAAGUCUCACCUCAACUUCCACACCGGGUCGAAGCCGUACUCCUGUCCUCGAUGCAAGCUCGCCUUCACGCAGUCAUCGAACAUGAGGACACAUCUGAAGAAAUGCCGAGCGCCUGAAACAGCUGACAAUGAAACAACCUCCACUAUGACGUCACUAGAACAUUCUAGUGAUACUAAACCAACUGAGAAUAGUAAUGUAAUGUGAAAGUUUUUUAGAACUAGACAUUAACGUUCCAUAAUAAUUUAUAAUAAUUGUAAGAAGUUUAAGAACAAAAUAGUUAAUUCAAUUCUUAGUAGUCAAUAAUCUAGAUGAUAUGUUUGUGAAGUAAUAAAAUAAUUUAUACUUUUCUA